AAAUGGUCAAAUUAAAAAAUCGUAGAAAUCCAAUCCUCUCUCUCUCUUUCGAUUUGCCAAUAAAUGGGAGAUAAUCGGCUACCAAACUCAUUCACACAAGUCAUAACAGUCUUUUAAAGUUUGAUAUCUUUUUCUUCUUCUUUCGUUUGUCAAAAGAGAAAAAAAAAACAGUUAUGGCGGAGAUCUCGGGGAACGGCCAUGGUGCCGAUGCUAGAGACGGAGCUGUGGUGGUGAAUCUCAAAGAAGAAGACGAACACCAACAACAAAAAGAAGCUAUUCAUAAUCCUAAACCCAUGAAGAAACAAGACUCUCUCCUCUCAAUCUCUGUCCCUUUCUUGCAAAAGUUGAUGGCUGAGGUUUUGGGAACGUACUUCUUGAUAUUCGCCGGUUGUGCAGCGGUGGCCGUGAACACACAACAUGACAAAGCCGUGACUCUUCCAGGGAUCGCCAUCGUUUGGGGACUUACCGUCAUGGUUCUUGUUUACUCUCUUGGUCACAUCUCCGGUGCUCAUUUCAAUCCGGCCGUCACAAUCGCAUUCGCAUCUUGCGGCCGCUUCCCUCUUAAACAGGUUCCGGCUUAUGUGAUAUCACAAGUGAUCGGAUCGACGCUUGCUGCGGCGACUUUACGGCUCUUGUUCGGACUUGAUCAAGACGUUUGUAGUGGGAAACACGAUGUGUUCGUCGGAACAUUACCAUCUGGAUCGGAUUUGCAGUCGUUUGUGAUUGAGUUUAUCAUUACUUUCUACCUUAUGUUCGUCAUUUCCGGCGUUGCCACCGAUAAUAGAGCGAUCGGAGAACUUGCCGGACUAGCAGUAGGAUCAACGGUGCUACUUAACGUGAUAAUUGCCGGACCGGUAUCGGGAGCAUCGAUGAAUCCAGGACGAAGUUUAGGACCUGCAAUGGUUUAUAGUUGCUACAGAGGACUUUGGAUCUACAUAGUCUCUCCAAUUGUUGGUGCAGUUUCGGGUGCGUGGGUUUAUAACAUGGUUCGAUAUACCGAUAAACCAUUACGAGAAAUAACUAAGAGCGGUUCGUUUUUAAAGACCGUGCGAAACGGUAGCUCUCGUUAAGCAAAUAAGAAAACAUGGCUACGUUGUACUACUAGUCAUCGGAGGUUAAGUUGUAUCACUAAGAAGCAAUUGGAGUAUUUUGGUAUUUAAGUGUUUUUAAAUUUGAAUUACCGCAAAUGGAUUAACAUAGUAUGUGACGAAUAUUAUAAGGGAAUUGAUCUAUAACGAGUUUGACCAGAACUACUACGUAUAUGGUUGUAUUAACUGCUAUAUAUAUUUAUUUCUUUCUGUUUU